UUAAUGACGAAUUCCACAAUUUUCCAACAAAUUCCGACAAAACAUGUGGAGGAAACUGGAAAGUUAGUCAUGAAAAUCUAAUCAUCUAUUUCGUCAAAGGUAUGAACCGUUUAUCUUCUUCUUUCUAACCUCCUCUGAUCUCUAACAAAAAUGGGAAAACACCAGCCCGGGAAAGGUGAUGAUUGCAAAAAAUCUGGUAACCUUUGUGAAGUUCCCGAUCCUCCUUCACCGUUUCUAAAUCACGCGGUUCGGAAAGGAUUUCUGAUCACGGGUUGUUUGAUCAGCGGUGUUCUUCUUGUUUGUGUUGUUUUCAUGAUUAUGAAGAGGUACUUUUCUAGGCGUAACGCUUCGACGGAGAGGAAUUUGCCGAUUCUGUUCGAUACCCAACAAGACUUUGUCGACGAAGAUCACGGGCCCACUAUCGAUCACCACAUAUGGUACAUCAACACCGUUGGUUUGCCGCAGUCUGUGAUUGACUCCAUCACGGCCUGCGAGUAUAAGAAAGAUGAGGGUUUGAUUGAAGGAACAGAGUGUUCUGUUUGCUUGAGUGAGUUUGAAGAAGGUGAGAAUAUUCGGCUUUUGCCCAAGUGUAGCCAUGCUUUUCACAUUAGUUGUAUAGAUAGAUGGUUGAGGUCUCACAAAAACUGUCCUCUAUGUCGCGCACCAAUUGUUCGAGAUAUUUCCGCAGAGACUGCUCCGCAGGCGAGCGUUGCGGAGCCUAGAUCAGAUGCUGUUUCAAGUGAAGAUAGAAUGAGGGAGAAUUCUGAGAAUCAUGGAGUAGUGUUAAGCGAUCAGGUGGAUGAUGGAGGGACUAGUGAAGUUAGAGUCAGAGUUGAUUGUGGCGAAAUCCCGAUUGAAUUUGCAAUAAACGGCGGGGAUAGGAUAAAGGGCUUGUGUAAUUCUGUUGUCAGGAGCUGCGAUUCUCGAGCUUUGAGCGAUUUGGGUGACCAGAGAGAAGUGGUUGGUGAAGACUUCCAGCCGAUGAGGAGAUCGGUUUCGAUGGAUGCAUCUUCUGCUACGGCGGUAUAUCGUGCUGUGACUAUAGUUUCUGAUCAAGGAAGUUCAAAUUCCCAGUUGGCAGUGCCUGUGAAAAGCUCUAAUUUGGCAAUUGUGUCGAAGCGGGUGACUCGAAAUCUGAGUCUGUACAAACUUAUGAGAAGUUCUUCGAGUGGGCGAUCUUUGCAGAAAGGGCCUACUUCAAUGAAACGGUCUUCAUCUAGCAGGAAGUCCUUUGCAUCCAAGCAUGGCAGGAGCCAAAGCUCAAUCUUUCCACCUUGAAUCAAAAGCUGUUACUGUACUUUUUUACCUGUAGUAGGUGGUCAUUAAUCAAAUGGGAAAAUCAUAAUAACGAUAAACGGUAAGUCCACACAUAUCCUCUAAUGAGGCUUUUUUGGUGCUUCACAUGUUCGAUUUGCCAAGCUUCGUCCUGGAGGCUAAGAUUGAAUAUCUAUGUAGUAAAUGACUAGUUCCUACAGGUUUUUAUGGCGAGUUUACCGGCUUUUUCUUGUAAUUUUAAAUGUUAUGAAUGCAGACAUGAUGCUUUAAAAUUUGAAUCUUGGUGGAAUAUGUUUAUUACUUGGUUUUAA